AGGUCUUUCUACUAUGCAAGUGGAAAGGGGAAGCCGGAGCAUGGCACAUAUAACAACUCUUCUUAUCGAGCUAGAAAGUGGUGGAUGUACUGAAAGUGUGUCCACUGGUCAAACCUGUAUUCCAAAGAAGAACAGGUACUAAAAUCUAUUGUUUUAUAGGAACAACGUUUUGAUAAUAUCCUCGGAAAAAGCAUUAGUUACUUCUUUUCCUGUUCACACAUCUUGGAUUGCCACCUAACACACAUUGAAGUGCUACGCUGACGAGGCUUGAGCGACGUGCCGUAGCUUGGAGUAUUUAGUUUACAAAUAACAGUCUACGACCAUCAAGUACAGUAUGAUUUAGAAAAAGUAUCCAUGAUGAACAAACAAAGGUGAAAUGUGUAGCAACUGCCUGGUUCAGAGUGCACAUACGAGAGAUAUCAGCAAGCAAGGUGUGGAAUCAGGUGUGUCUUUUAGUAGUUGUGGACAUUUUUUAUGACAAAGAAAAAGUGAACUUUUGAGCCAUAAGGGAAGGAAGACGGAGGAAAUCACAGAGGAAUGAAUGUUUGACGAAGUAAUUUUCAUAACGCCAACAUUGCAUAUGCUUCCAUGAUUUAAUAUAAAAGACAUGACCAGAUUAAUCUUCCUCAUCUCAACUCUAACCCAAAUAGUGCAUAUUCAUGUGCGAUCUGCCAAAUCAGCUACAGCCGACUGUCAGUGCAUCAAUUACGACAGUACGUACGAAAAGAAAUAUGGCAUUUUCAUGUCACCCGAUUGGCCUAAAUAUUACGCCAGUAACAUAAACUGUAUGCUAUACACUUUUACGUCUAGCACAGAUUCUAUAAUAGAGGUUGUGUUUGAUGAAUUUGACCUCGAUAGAUCAAGUAUAGACUGCAUAUAUGGGGAUUAUGUAAAAUUAUAUCUACACUUAAAAGAACCCGAAGUAAACGAGAGAUCGAUGCACAAUAGCGUCCUCUGUGGGAAGUUGUCUGACAUACAACAAACUCAUUAUUCAGCUGGAAGUGCCUUGAUUUUUGAAUUUCACACUGAUUGGAGAAGUGGAAAUAAUACAGGCUUUAGAGGGACCUUUAGAUUCAUUAACAAAACCCUAUUUGAAAUCAAUGGUAAACUGACACCAGGGACCAAUUGCAAUUACACAUUUUACAGCGAAUCCACCAAUGAAAAUUCAGGACGGUUCUUUUCACCUCAGUAUCCUAGCGCAUAUCCCAGAGGUGUUGACUGCGCUUAUCGUUUUGUGGGGAAUAAAAACGAGAGGGUGAGAUUGAUAUUUGAACAAGUAAAACUCCAAAAGAGUGAGUUGAGUUGCCUAAACAAUCCAGAUAAAAUUGAAGUGAGAGAUGGUGACGACGCUCAUAGUCCAGUAAUUGGUCAGCUGUGUAAUAAAAACACUCUUGUAGACAUGGUAUCUACUGGACCUAACCUUCAUGUACUGUUUCAGAGUCGAGGUCAUUUUCCUGGACAAGGGUUCAAAGCAUCUUUCAUAUUCGAAGAUGUCUCUCUAUAUAAUUUGAACAGUGAGACGCCAUCUAUGGAACCAGAAAAGACAAGCAUUGAACAACGUCUUACUACACCUAAAGAAUGGAAGUCUGGCUGUAACCAAGAGUUUGACAGUGAUUCGUCUAAAAACGGCACCUUCACUAGUCCUAACUACCCAAAGCCCUACCCGGACGACACUCGUUGUGUGUUCAUCUUCCAAGGCAGAGGCCGAGAACGGAUACAGAUUCUUUUCACGGACUUCGACCUCUACAUGCCUAACGAAGAGAUUAAAGACUGUGAAGGACCGAUCGAUACAGUUAUGGUUUUCAUUACAAUAAAAGGUCACCAAGAGCGCCUGAAUAACUACUGCGGUAGUACUCUUCCGCGACAACUUAUGUCAAAUGGACCCUCCAUGACUGUGGAGUUCAAAAGUCACCAGCUGCAGUCUUCGCCUACCGUUAAAGGUUUCCGUUCCAUCUAUCGGUUUGUCACAAAUUUUGGUAUCACGGCUGGAAGACAAGACAGCGAACAAGUGUGUGGGUUCAUAUUCAACAGCACAGAACACACCAAUGGGACUUUUACAUCUCCAAAUUAUCCAGGAAUCUACCCACGAGCUACAGAAUGUCACUACUUCUUCCAUGGCCGCCCAAGUGAACGAAUACAUCUGACGUUUGCCUACUUUGAUGUUGAAGGAGUACCACCAUGCACUAUGGAAACGGCCAGUGAUUAUGUGGAAUUUUCAAACUUUCGAACCGUUGACCGCAAAAUUCCUCGUCAUUGUGGCCCCAAGAAACCUAAAACUAUUGAAUCUGAUGGCGACUUUUUUCGAGUAGCCUUCAAAUCAAACGAUAAGUUUGAUGGAACAGGAUUUGAAGCAUUUUAUCAGUUUCGAAACUAUGUUGAUCCAAUUACGGUAAGAAGGACAGCUGGAGCUGAAAGUUGCCAUCCAUUGUUUCUUCAACUACUGAGCUGUGCAGUCUUUUGGAUGAUGUUAUAAACAAGCUUAUCCUUUCUUCGAUUGUCCAACUCCACGCCGUCAUUUCUAGACUGUUGUAGAGCUGUUACCCUGUCAGCAGGACUAUUUUCCUCCAAGAUGAAAAUGCGAAGCAUCAUGUUUUCAUGUUCUGUGUCACCAUUAUGCCCAAAUAUUUCCUCUGUGUUUUAAGAAUAAUUGUAAAAUACUGCUCAAAUAUAAAUAAUUUUGUAGAACUUCUUAAUACACAUAUACACACAUACACACAUAUAUAUAUAUAUAUAUGUAUAAAUAGAUGCACGUUUGACUACAACACUUAGCCUACGUUAAGAACUAUAGAACCAUACACAAUAAUUCAGAUGGUUUCAAUUGUUUUCGUAACAUUGUGCAGUACCAACUGUACAUCAGCAUCUGUACCAACCGUAUAAUACCAUCUGUACCAAUUACGAAAUAUUAUCUAUAUUAACUAUACCAACUGUGUCAAAUAUAUAAUACCAACUGUACCAACCAUACAGCAGAAACUGCAUCAACCGAUUAAUGCUACCUGUACAGUAACUUCUGACCCACUAUGUAUAUUACGUAAUCUAAAUAAUUUUAAAAUUGCUGAAAAUUUUUACUUUUUUUUUUCAAGAAAAUCUCAGAAUAUUUUUAAACAACUGAAAAUGUGAUUCCACGUCCAUCUAGAUGAAAUUCGAAAUAAUUCCUUAUAUCUUUAAUUAUUUUUGUUUUAUGGAAAAAACUUUUUUUUCUUCCAAGAUUUUCAUCUAAGAAUGCAAGGAAAAACGUUCUUUUUUGUUGCUACUACUUAUCCCUGCGGAUUUUAAGAAUGUUAGUUGUAAUUCAGUGACGUUUUUAAUAUAAAAUAAUUUUAACGGCUUAAAUAAUUUUCACUUUGUGAGAUUGUGGCAUUUGAAAGAGCAAAGUGGAUUACUCAGAAAGUUAGAUAUCUCCUUAUUCUAUGUGUUUUAUUUUUGUUACUUUGAAAUCGUCAUUCUCAACCAUGAAUAUUUAGAAGUAACUCAACAUAAAAAUAAAUUGCAACAUUUUUACUAUUAUAAGUAAUCACUUCAAAUUUUUAGUGAUGUAAAAACAGUGGUUGUUACAAAGCAAAACUAUCAUUAUAUUUAAUGAUAACCUCACAAUGACUGCAACUAGACAUGACGCUUGCCUAAACCAACAGUGAAUCUCUACUGUUUUAUGUCACAGUACAUGAAAAACUUCCUAUGAUGUCAGUCGUUUGGGAAAAAAGAUAACUAACUUUCAAUUUAACUACAGGGGUGGUUAAGUUAUACAUAAAUUAUGUGCAUAUCUUUAACUUGAAUUGUAACAAACUUUAUAAUGAAUUAGUUGCUCACUAUCAGGUCUCUUUUCCGUAUAUUAUUAUGGUUAAGAAUUUUUGAAAAGUAUAGAACUGUGAAAAGUAUUACAACUAGAUGUUGGGAAAUUUGAAAGUGCCAAAAAUAUUUUGUAUAAUUAAGUAGUUGUCGAUGAUCUCACUUAUAUGGUUUACACAGAUAUAUUCAAUUAUUUCAGCUACCUUUGUACAUGACUAGCUGCCUUCCCUCUAGUCUUACACUGCUAAAUUAGGGACGGCUAGCGUAGAUAGCCCUCAUGUAGCUUUGCGCCAAAUUCAAAACAAACAAAUAAAUACGUUUUGUACAAUAAGUGUAACGUAACGUAUUCUUGUCAGAUUUUGAGAUUAAUAAUUUUUGGGUUCAUUUGACUGUUAUCAGCCCCCCGGUGGCAUAGCGGUAUGUCUGUGAACUUACAACGCAAGAAACCAGGUUUCGAUACCCGUGAUGGGCAGAGCACAGAUAGCCCAUUGUGUAGCUUUGUGCUUAACUUUACAAACAAACGAUACUGUUACCAAAUAGGUGAUGCUGCCAUCUAGUGCAAAAACCUAAACCCACAGAACUUUAUAUGUUGGCAACUCGUAUAUUGUUUUUUAAUGGAAGAAACUACCCACAAAGUGGUCAAGGAAAUAUUUUGAUUAUUAUAAUUAUUUAAGGCUUUUAAUUAGCUAAAAAUGUGUCAUAAUAAAGUUUUGAAGUAGUUCUUUUUUGCAUGCAAAUAACAACUCAAGAAGAAAAAACGAAAUUCGACAAAAAUAUAUUUUUUUCAAUUUACAAUAAAAAAUCGAAAGUAAAAUUUGUUAUAUUUUUUAAAAUUUUCAGAAUUUUAAAUUUUUGCUAACUUUAUUUAUUUCCUUUAAGAUACGCAUAUUUUUCUUGAUCAUAGAUUCAGACAGUAAGUAACAGGUAAUCAAAUGACGUGGCCACUAUGGAGAAGCUAUAAGAAUGAUUUUAAGUCUCUGUUAUGAAAAUAACCGUUACUCUCCACAUGAAAUAUCAGAGUUCUGGUUAAUUCCUGAUGAUAAUACAGCUUUGGUACCUGAUAAGUAUAUAAUGACAAGGAGAGGACGAACUUUUAAGUGGAAAUUGAAUGAAUAGGAAAAAAUUGCUUGAGAGAAGCUUACCUUUAACAAACAAAUAUUUUCUAACAGAAUUAGACACUACCGGAUAAGAUAAGCUGGAAUAUGGAGAAAUGAAUUUUUAACGUUUUCAUUGGGAAGAAAACCUGACAUUUUGUUGGCAACGUUUUCAGUUUAUUUGGUGAUUUGUCUUCCAUACUACUAUAUGAAAGGAAAAUAAAAAACAAAUACUUAGCUAACAAUAAUCUAGAUGAGCCAAAAAAAAUUUAAGUACAGAAUGGUUAGAGUGCAUCACUUCUAAGCAGCAAUUAUUUACUUAUUAUGAAACGGGCCGGACGUGUCUUAGUAGUUAGUAUGCCCAGAUUGUUUGUGAAUCCGAGGAUUCAUGGUUCACGUCCGGUUAUUGCGACAUAACGAGCUCCUCAGAUCGGAGUCAUGUAUGCGCUCUAAGAUUGACGAUGAAAUCCAACUAUUACGUCACACAAGAAAUGGCAGUGGAUGUUGUUGAGUAGAUACUUUCUGUUUAGUCUGUCAAAUCAAAUAGCGGAGAUGAAUAUCUCUUUGUACAGUUUAUCUGAAAUUCAGAAACAAACAAGUACAAUGAAACAAUGAAACAUACCAUACCUCAAAACAUGGAACUUUCAAUUCAAAAAAUAUCGCUAGAGACGUAGCGAUUAGUGAGCUAAAGAGGAGAUAUGUUACUAGCUUCAUAGCAUUCACUACAAAUAUUUGACCAAUCAGUCACGAAAAUGUGGAUUUCUUUCAGUGUUUCUAAGAACCAAAUGUUACUUAAGUAAACGAAUGAUUGCCUGAUUAAAUAAUGGAAAUGUUCUAUGUUCCUAAUGCGACUUUUCUUUGCUUCAUUAUAAUUGCAUAGUUAUUGAAAUUGUGUAGCUGUAUUUCAUUUCAGUAUUUUAUUCCUAUUGGACUAUGUUGAGUUUUCUUGAAAAGAAAACGUGAAUUUAAUCUCUGCCUGUAUUCAAGGAAGGUUUAAGUUUAGAAAACAAUAAAGAUGCAUUCACGAAUUAAA